GAUAGAUAGCUUGGUGGAUUAUUGAUUUUCAGUUUCAGAGAGGAUAAAACGUCAGACGUAACGAUUGCUCCCAGAGGGAGGGAGCUUCCCCGUCGAACCGUUCUCUCAGACAAUGGAAGCUGUUUCUUUCUCGACUGUUCCUUCCCGCCAUUUCUCUUCAUCUCGUCCUUCACUCUCAGUGAACCCUUGCUUCUGCAAUCCGAGAAAAUCAGCCAAGUUCAACUCUUCUUGGACUGGCUCAAGCAUCUCCGUAGGACCUUCUUCCAGAAAUCAUUUUACGAGAGAGAUAUGGAAUUGGGUCAAUUCCGAAAGUGUUUUAGUUAGAAAGGAAAUGCUAGGUGUUGUAAGAGCAGAAAUGUUCGGGCAGCUGACAAGCGGCUUCGAAGCAGCUUGGAACAAACUCAAGGGAGCAGAGGUUCUGACCAAGGACAAUAUUGCGGAACCCAUGCGGGAUAUUAGGAGGGCCCUUUUAGAAGCAGAUGUUAGUCUGCCUGUUGUGAGAAGGUUUGUCCAGGCUGUAAGUGAACAAGCUGUUGGUGUUGAACUAAUUCGAGGGGUGAGACCAGAUCAGCAGUUGGUUAAGAUUGUACAUGAUGAACUUGUCAAGUUAAUGGGUGGGGAAGUAUCUGAACUAGUUUUUGCAAAAUCUGGUCCCACAGUGAUAUUAUUGGCAGGUCUACAAGGUGUUGGAAAGACAACUGUUUGUGCAAAGUUAGCUUUUUAUCUUAAGAAGCAGGGAAAGAGUUGCAUGCUUGUUGCUGCAGAUGUAUACAGGCCUGCUGCUAUUGAUCAACUUGUUAUUUUGGGUGAAAAGGUAGAUGUGCCUGUUUAUACGGUGGGGACAGAGGUGAAACCUUCAGAAAUAGCUAGGCAGGGUCUGGAAGAGGCCAAAAAGAAGAACAAAGAUGUGGUCAUAGUGGAUACUGCUGGAAGACUUCAGAUCGACAAAGCAAUGAUGGAUGAGUUGAAGGAAGUGAAGCGAGCAUUGAAUCCCACAGAAGUUUUGCUUGUGGUGGACGCAAUGACUGGCCAAGAAGCUGCAGCAUUGGUUACAGCAUUCAAUCUUGAGAUUGGAAUUACUGGUGCUAUAUUGACAAAGUUGGAUGGAGAUUCUAGAGGUGGAGCUGCUUUAAGUGUCAAAGAGGUAUCAGGGAAGCCAAUCAAGCUUGUAGGACGGGGAGAGCGUAUGGAAGACCUUGAACCUUUCUAUCCGGAUCGUAUGGCUGGACGCAUCUUAGGAAUGGGUGAUGUUCUUUCAUUUGUAGAGAAAGCACAAGAAGUUAUGCGACAAGAAGAUGCAGAGGAAUUGCAAAAGAAGAUAAUGAGUGCAAAAUUUGACUUCAAUGACUUCCUAAAGCAGACUCGUGCUGUUGCACAGAUGGGUUCCAUGACACGUGUGCUUGGAAUGAUUCCAGGCAUGGGGAAGGUGACUCCUGCACAAAUUCGAGAAGCAGAGAAGAGCUUAAAGAUAAUGGAAGUAAUGAUUGAAGCAAUGACCCCUGAGGAAAGGGAAAAGCCUGAACUAUUGGCAGAAUCCCCUGUUAGGAGAAAAAGAGUUGCACAAGAUUCAGGGAAGACAGAGAAGCAGGUGAGCCAACUUGUUGCCCAACUUUUCCAAAUGCGUGUUCGUAUGAAGAACCUAAUGGGGGUCAUGGAAGGGGGAUCUAUUCCUGCAUUAAGUAAUCUUGAGGAGGCACUUAAAGCUGAACAAAAGGCACCUCCUGGUACUGCAAGGAAGAAGAGGAGAUCAGAAUCUAGGAAACAAUUUGCCGAUUCAACGUCAGCAAGGCCAAGCCCUCGUGGUUUUGGGACCAAGACCUGAGAAUUCAGUGUUCAAUAAUGAGCUUCACCCAUCACCAAAGGAAUUUUUGCAACCAGAUUUUCCUUGAGCUGUCAGAAUGAAUUCAAAGGCUUAGGUAUCCAACAGAAUGAACACUUGCAAGGCUUCAGGAGGAUGGACCCGCUAUUCCACUGUACAUCUCGUGCUAUAUUUGUCAAUUAAACAAGUUUCUUUGAGGGUUAAAAGUUGAAAAUAAUGAUAUUCUCUUGAGAUGCCCACCCAAACAAAUCAAUGGGUUCAGUGUUAUAGUUAGUAAUUUUAAUGCAAACAAAUAAAAAAUUUAUGUCAUGUGUUCAAGAGAAAAUUUUAAUGCAAUCUGUUUUUUCA